AUUAGAUUCAUAAUCCAAAUAUAAAUUACGUUGGAAGAUCUUGGAUAUACAUGUAUCAAUAAUUGGAGAAUAUUAAUAAACGGUGAGGUGGUUGGAAUGGAUCGAGCAUAAAUAGUGCAGAUGCUGAGUGCAGUUAAUUACAUAUAUCAAAAGUUAAUAUUUAAUUAUAAUAUAUUGAUUGAUCGCUCGGUUAUAUUAUCAAAUAAUCAUCACGCUAUUAUGGAGCUGUCCAUAAAUUAACGCGAUUACACCACCAUAGGGAUCAAAUAUCGAAUGAAUGAUUAAAUUCUAUCAUCGUUUUCAUCACGCUGUAAAUUCGAGCAAAGAUAAAGGAAAAGAUUUUUCUUAUCGAUAGCGGAGAGAUCGACUUUUCACAUUUCUUGCGUGACUUUCAUUCGUGGCUGGGUAAUAAGAGAAAGUCACGAAAGAACGCGAAACGCGAAGAGUGGACGUUCGAUUUAAGAUGCUGGGGGAUCCAGUUUAUCCGGAUAUCGUUUAUCUAAAAUGGCGAUCGUCCGAAUACAGCUUAUCCAAAGUGGUAUACGGGAUCUUGUCUACCGGUAUGUCGUGCGCGACCUUGUCUUGUAUCGAGCACACGUUCUGCGGAAAUUCGAGCAUGCGUUACAUCUAUCGAUUCAAUGCGGUUUUCAAACAUCGAUACGAUCGAGAUAGUUUCCAUUUCCUCUUUUUUCACUUUUCGAACAAUAUGCAGUUCACUUUGCAAUAGAAAUACGAGAAUAGAGUUAUGGAAAUGAUUGAAAAUAUCUUUCGUUUCUUAAUUUUAUCGUUCGAUACAAUUUUUUCUUUAAGGAUUCUCGAGCUGGUGCAUAGUCUUCGAUAGAUGCUACAUUAUAUCUUGUUGUUCGGAGAAGAAGUCUUUGAAAGUGAAGUAUUAACUUUUAAAGAUGUAGCGUUGUUUAAUAAAAGGAUUGUUCGAUACUCUGAAGUUUCGCACUCUUUUGCAUCUUAUUACAUUGACUUAUUUGAUGCAUCAAUAGAUUGCUGAAAUAUUAUUUUAUUUUUCUGAUGUUGAAAAAUUGAUCGUAUGCGCAUCUGAACUCGACCGAGCUAUGUUUUUGUUAAAUAUUUAUUUGGUAUCAGAAAUUUACAUUCAAUAUCCUCAUCCCCGUUCACAAAUUCAUCAACGGGACAAUUUACCCAGACCAUAUUGAAACUAAACAUAAAACAAUCGCGGAAGUGAACAAAAAUCGUUUCGGACCAACGAUACCACCCUCCCCUGUUGUUUCAAUCAUUGAUCAAUCUAUUUUAUCUCUUCUUUGACAAAUGAAACCUACAGUGAGAGAUGAUUUUCCGGAAACACGGGAUGAACCCUGGUAAAUCCAUACGUUGACAUUUAAACUCGCAAUAAAAAAAAAAAAAAAGGAAGGAUAAAACUUUAUCCCGGUCCAGGUAACAGAAAGAUGACUCGAUUCGUUUCCAAUUCGUAUUCUGCAUUAUAUCGAAUAUAUUUUUCGAAAAGGGGAAAAGAGAGAAAAAAGAGGGAAGAAAAAUAUUUAACAAUUUGUACAGUUAUUCGUAUUGAACACCGGUGGCUGCGGGUCGCACGCAUCAUUUCUCAUGUACGCAACGUGCACGCACAGCAAAUAGACGUUUGAUUCAACGUGCACACACGCAACUACGCACACACGAAUCGGGUCAACGUUUCGAUUAACGUUCGUCAAACAAAAUACGAAUCCGUCGGCCUACAGUACGACAGUAAUCAUUUCCGAACUGACCGAUUUUUUGACGCGAUUGACAAUCUUUCAAAUAAUGACAAUUAUUUUUCUACCACCGUUCUACUACCAUCCUUCUCAUUCCUUACCAUCCCGCAACCAGCAUGGAUUUUCAAUAUCGAUAAAUCUCCAUUGAGCCCACCUCAAUCUCCGUCACCCGGAAUCCAUCUUUCCUCGGGACGUUUCACAAAAGAUAUUUCCUCUUUGGUAAAUCAGAAGAUUCGUCGAUCCAUAAAAUUCCUGUCCGCAAACCGCGCGGACAGGAUCGUUCUGCUGAUAUUUACAGCCGCUUUUUCUCAUCCACCUGUCGGUAAUGUCAAUAUCGAGUCCCGCAAAUCCCGUUUACAACUUGUUUAGCCUCGUGUACUUUGACUCUUCUACUAACCCUUCCAUCUCUUAUUAAUAAUUACAUAAAAAUAAUUAUCUUUCCAAAUAUUUCGAACAAAUUUUUCUUAAAAAUCUGAACGUUAUCUGAACGGUUCGAAUCGAACACGUUCAUCCGGAAGAAAAUCGCACGCCAUCGACGGAUAUAACACGUAUAAAACAAAUUCGACAUUCGGUCCGCGUGAUCCUCGCGGCUUACAUCGGUCCCGUCUCCCUCCGACCGUCCAUCGUUUCGAUCAAACCGUCUUUCUCCGUGCUCUUACCCCUUCUUAGCCCCGACCAGCCAAACCACCCCUCCGGCACCACUUUAUUCCAACCUCGGCCCCAACAAGAGCGAUGAGGAGGGACGCAGGGGGCGAGGCGGGGAAGGAGAGAGAGAUGGAGCGAAAGAGUGAGCGAGGAAAUGACGGUGGGGGUGCACGAGGGUUGGAGUUGGCGUUGGUUAGACAUGGAGGGGAGAAGGGCACAGUGUGUUUCUCCGCGAACCCCUCCAGCCCCCACCCCAGCCGCACGGGCGCCAACGUCAAGCGCUUUCGAGACGUUAAGGCCGACACUCGUGCGGCGCACUUCGGCCCGACGACAUCGGCCAGGAUCGUAGACACGUGCGUGUGCGUUAACCCUUUCGUAUCAUCCCCUCGUUGGAUCGUCCAAGAUCGACGAGAUCCAUUCGUGUCGUGCAACGUAACGUAAUUUGUAACGCGUUCGUGUAUAAAUUCGUGAUUUCGAAAUCGUCGUGUAAUUUAGUUUGUUUUUCUUCGUACGUUACAACAAAGUUCGUCACCGUUGAAUUUAUUUUCGCGAUCGUGAUCGUGGAAACAAAGUCGCAAGAGCGAAUUUAUCGUCACGCGGUGGAUAGUCGAUUUUUGUGGCGAUGUGUAAACCGCACCGCGAAGAAGGGUGAGAAACAAGUGUGAUCUAUGUAAUUGUAAAGUGAAGACACUGCGGUGUGAUCUGUUCUUGGAGAAGGGUUGAACCGAUUCCUCGAUGCGCCCUUCCUUGGAGGGCGCAGCCUGUACGCGGUGGCAAGUCGAAGAUCUUUGACGAUAGCUCGCACGCAUAGAAUUUGGAGCACGUAGAAACGGGAUAUCUUUUCUGCAAAUCGGAAGACGGACGAAGAAUUUGCCGAUCGACGACCGAAAGGAUCAUGAAGAAAUCUUACUUUAUCUUCGUGUUGUGUCUUCAGGUGAGUUUUCUAUCCGGUUUUAUCUUCCGAGGACAUAUAGUUACGGAUACUUAUUAUCCCAACAUAUGCCUGUUGGGCCUCGUGGUUAGCGACAACAGUACGAUCGGUGACUCCGUCAUCGAGGAUGUUUCGGAGGUCUCGGAAACUAACCUCGACGCGGACUCGGGAGAUCAGAGCGUCACGUGGGGCGAAUGGUCACCAUGGUCCAAAUGGUCCAGCUGUUCAAGGAGCUGCGGCGGAGGGAUUUCUCGACAGCAGAGGCGCUGCAGAAGAAAACCGUGCAAAGGUAGAUCGUGGAACACGAAAUAUAAAAUCUGUAAUCCUGAGCCCUGCGAAAAUCCGAGCGAUUUCCGGUCAGAGCAAUGCGCCGCGUUCGACGAUGUGCCAUACAGCGGACAAUUGCUGAAAUGGUAUCCACAUUACGAUCCUAGCAGGCCGUGCGCUUUGAUCUGUCGUGGCGAGCAAUCGGUGGAGAACACGGGGAAUCGGCUCAGGCAGGAAACGUCCGUCGAAAAGACACUUCCGCACGACGCCACCGACGCUUUGCAGCUCGACAGCGAGGAAACAAUCGUGGUUCAACUCGCGGACAAAGUCGAGGACGGCACCAAAUGUUACACCGACAGCAUGGAUGUUUGCAUCAAUGGUGAAUGCAUGAAAGUCGGCUGCGACCUGCGAGUGGGCAGCAACAAGAACACGGAUCCCUGCGGAGUGUGCGGAGGAAACGGAUCGAGCUGCCAGUCGCGAUACUCGUGGAGUUUGGAAUCGAUAUCCGCCUGCUCAAAAUCAUGCGGGGGAGGCUUCAAGAUUGCCAUGGCUGUGUGCAAGGCUAUCGGCCCAGACGAGAGCGUGGUAGAUGACAGCUAUUGCGAUCCCGACAACAGACCAGAGAAGACCCUGAUGCCGUGCAACACGCACCCCUGCACCGCAAAAUGGGUAGCCGGCGAGUGGAGCAUGUGCAGCGCUAGCUGCGGGGGUGGAUCGAGGACCAGAACUAUUUUCUGUACCGAGGAGAACGGCAAUGAGACUACGAAGUUACCCGACCACAAAUGCAACAACUCGCACAAGCCUCGUAACCAAGAAACUUGCAACACCAUCUCGUGUCCCAUGUGGGAGACCAAUAAAUGGAGCGAGUGCUCCAAGACUUGCGGUACUGGAGUCAGGACGAGGACAAUCGAAUGCAGGGACGCUGUUGGAUCGAUUUCAAAAGACUGCGAUCUCGCCGAACGACCGCACACCGAGCAGGAGUGUAAAACAAAUAUCCCCUGUCCGAUAUAUGGCGAGGAAAUGACGCAGCCGUUGAUGCAACCGUACCCACCUCCACCGGUGUCAGAAAAAUUGAUCGACCAACCGAUACCCUCGGAAUCCACGUUCAUCGCGGACGAAUGGUCAUCGUGCAGCGUCACGUGCGGCGAAGGGAUCAGGCAUCGCGAAGUCCGUUGCAAGAUAUACCUCGAGUUCAGUCGAACGAUCGCCGAUCUGCCGGAUCGACAGUGCUCGGGACCGAAACCGAUCGAGAAGGAGAAAUGCGUGAUGGCGCCGUGCAAUGUGAUUGAAAACAGUCUCACCUACGGGAUCGACACUGUCGACGACAGCGGAUACGCGGAGCCAAGCCUGGCUGACACUUACAGAUCAUCCUCGAGUGGUUCGAGCGGAAGUGGUUACGACGGUGGGAUUAAGGUCGCCCCGGGAAGCGACGUGCAGACCACGUACUCGUGGAAGGAAGCUGGUUACACUCCUUGCAGCGCGACUUGCCUCGGAGGUUCUCAGGAGCUGAUAGUCAAUUGCGUGCGAGACGACACCGGAAAGACCGUCAUGCCUUUUCUUUGUUCCGCUGAAACGAAACCGGAAGUUAGGAUAAGAGUUUGCAACGACCAUCCUUGUCCACCUAGAUGGAAUUUUAGCGAAUUUUCACCGUGCAUGAGUCCAUGCGGAAUCGGCAUACAGACACGUGAUGUUACGUGCAUACACGAGGUGAUACGUGGCACAGGUAAGAUGGUUCCAGUGCCAAACCACAUGUGCCCGCAGCCACAGCCAGCGGACAGACAAUACUGUAAUGUAUGGGAUUGUCCGGUUAAAUGGAAUACCGGCAAAUGGGGCAAGUGCUCGAAAACUUGUGGAGGAGGUGUGAAGAAACGAAAAGUGAGUUGCGAACAAAUAAUGGCUCAGGGGCGUAAACAAAAUCGAAAGGAUAGCGAAUGCCCGCCUCAAAAACCCGCCUCAGAGAAGCCUUGCAAUACAAGAGCGUGUCACGAUAUGGAUGCGGGUUCCCUGCCUAUAAUUACCAGUCAAAAUACAACGUAUAACCAGACAGACAUGAACGCGAAGGUAGAUUUAAAGAUCGGCGGUAUUGCGAAGAUUUUUCAAGGCACAUCCUCUAUAAAGAUUCGUUGUCCCGUCAGGAAAUUUGACAAAGCACAGAUCACAUGGACCAAAGAUAAUAAAGAGUUAAGGAAAUCAAGGAAAUAUAAAAUUAGCAGGAAGGGGGCGUUAAAGAUAAACGACAUAACAUCCUCGGAUGCUGGUGUUUACGCGUGUAUAGCCGGAAAUUCUCAUGCGGAGACACAAUUGAUAGUGAAAUUUCGUUCGAAGGAGCAGAUAAGCAGCGAGGAGUAUUUACGAUUAAGCAAUUCCGUCCAUCGACAACGAAAUGCAAAUUUGGACUCGGCGCCUGCCAAUUCAGGCGAAAGUCUCUACACUGAUCGAGCAGUUGAUUUUCUAAUAGCCGCGUACGGAAACCGUUUUGUUCCCAUCGACAGCGAGGAUUUAAGUCAUGAACGAGCAGUCCCUAGCAAUCCGACGAGAAAGCCACAUCAGAAAAAACAGAAAACUAGCCCAACGCCGCCGGAUUCUACGAUGAUGCACAAGGAACACGUUGUAACAUCGUUGAAUCAGCCAGGGUACCACGAAUCCGUGGAAUCGACUGCACCCUCGAGAUCAAGUGCCUCUACUCUUAUACCGCACUUAACUUAUUUUAUAUCAACAUUAAAGGAAUAUUGGCCGUUUCAAAGUGACAGUUCUGCGGGAAGAUCUCACAGGACAGCUCCAGUGGCAUAUGUCGACGAUGCAAAGAAAGAAGUUGCGACAAACGUUGCGACGAAACGUACAAUGCCCGACAGAAAUUCCGAUUUGAGAUAUCAAAAUAUGAAAGAUAAUUUGGACACGUUGUAUAGAAACACCGCGAUUCCUGACGAAACUUUUGGACCGGAUGAAGAAAGGAUAUUCAUCGACGUCGAUCCAUAUGAUUUAGACGAGACCAUAUUUGGAUUACAACACAAUGAUCCGGUGAAAAUCACUCCUGUUGUGACUAAAGAUAGUUUAGUCACGCCUGCGAAAUCUGAUAUAGAUUAUAUCGAAGAAUCUUUGAAAAAUGUAAAAAGACAAUGGCACGAUAAAACAGAUGUUAAAAAUCAUUGGAAUUCCACGCCUAAAAAUCAAAAUAAAGAAUCUAUAAAUCUGGCAACCAGUUCGGAGAAUAUUGAUUUGGAGAGGUAUUACGUUCCAGAUUCAAAUAUGAAACAUAAUAUAGAGAAAUUCGAAGAAUCUCGCGAUAAAAAUCAAUCUGAUCGAAAAAAUUAUAAUAGUUUUGAAAACGAACACGCUUCUUCUACGAUGUCGGUUAAAGAAACGGAUAUAAUUUCGAAGAAACCGGAUACCGACGACGAGAAAAUGAAAGUUUUAAAUAAAACGGAAGAGUAUGGAUAUAUUUUUGAGGAAGAAAUAAAGAAACGAAAAGUUUAUGUUGGAAAUGACACGGAUGAAGAUGGUAUUACUCGAGAAACGACGACCAGAGAUUUGGAAGAUGAUUUGAUCGAUUUGGCGCGAAUGGAGGAUCGAGAAUCCGAGAAAAUUGAAAAAAAUAUAAAGAAUUUGUCGCGAAAUCGAGAAGAUCGUAACAAUUCGUCCGAAAAUGUGAAUAAUGAAGAAAUACAAAAAACUAAUAAAUCUUUGGAUAUCGCGACUAUCGCUGUUGUUGAACCAAAUAUUACCACCGAUUCUACGAUUCCAUCUCUUAGCGUCUUAGAUACUACGGAAGAUCUAGUUUUCGAGUGGAUAACGACAGAUUGGUCAAAAUGCUCCCAAACAUGUGGAGGAAGCGGAUUCCAGAUGCGAGGCGCCCAGUGUACAGUUCGUGCAGCAAAACCGAUUGGGAACACAACUCGUACACCACCACGGACAGUUAUAGGAGCGACAUUGUGCGAAGAUGCUGGACAUCCGGUACCUCAAAAAGUUAGACCUUGCGGAUUUGGUAAAUGUCCUCAAUGGCAUACAACUGAAUGGACUUCGUGUGAAACAUCCAGGUGUUUUAAUUGGAAAACUGCAAUGCAAAGACGUGACGUUACUUGUCGCUUGAUUGACGAUAUGGGAAAUGGACAACAAAACAUUACAUUACUCGAUCCUAAUAAAUGUGAUGAUACUAUAAGGCCUCUUCAAAGGCAAGAAUGUUAUAACGAUGCCUGCAAAGGUGUCUGGAGAGUUGGAGAAUGGUCAGAGUGUACAGCAUCAUGCGAAGAAGACGGUAUCAAAUAUAGAAUCUUACAAUGUGUUUGGUAUGGUACCAAGAAACCAGCUGGUAAUGCGUGCAGAGAUAUUCCACGACCUCCGGUCAUGAAGACUUGUAGAGGUCCACCAUGUCCUCAAACACCUGAUGAGUGCAAAGAUCAUUCACAACUCUGUAGCAGAGUGAAAACAAUGAAUAUGUGCAGGGUGCCUCUUUAUCAGAAGCAAUGCUGUCAAUCAUGCCAUUAAGCCCAAAUAAUCGAUAGCAAUUAUUGGUAUCGAAAAGAAAUGUUCUAGAUAAAAAUUGAUAAUGAGAGGUGCGCGCGAGAAGAAUGUCAUAAUAGAGACAACAAGACAAAGAUUAUCUUCGCGAACGUUUGUUAAAACGUUUCGUGUAAUUUAUUGUUGCUUGCUUGUUGAAAGAAUGUAAGAAUAAAAGAUUACAUUUGAAUCUACGAACAUAUGCAGCUACAAAAUAUGUAAGAAAUAUUGAAGAAAUAGUACCAAAUUACUUCCGCUGGUAAAUGUUCCCAUCCUUUUUCCAUACCCCUGAUAAUAAGAUGUGAACGUCAGAUUGCACCCGUUAAGAAUCUAAUUCUUAAUUGUAUACUAAAUCUAUGAUUUGCGGACACGUAUCACGUGUAGUUGGACACGAUUCUUAAUUGCGCACGCUCAAACCUCUAAAAAGAACCAGGAAAUCUUGGCAUUCAUCAAAAUUAUAAAUAUUAAAAAAUUAUAUUGUUGAAA